GCCUGCCCAGCUCAGGUUCUCUGGUCACAGCAGCUCAGUCCUCCAAAGCUGUUGGACGCCAGGGAGAGCUGACCACCAUCUGGACAGCCGGCUAAAUCCGCCUCCACAAUGCCGCUCUCAGGAACCCCAGCCCCCAACAAGAAGAGGAAAUCCAGCAAGCUGAUCAUGGAACUCACUGGAGGUGGACAGGAGAGCUCAGGCCUAAACCUGGGGAAGAAGAUCAGUGUCCCAAGGGAUGUGAUGUUGGAGGAGCUGUCUUUGCUCACUAAUCGGGGCUCCAAGAUGUUCAAACUAAGGCAAAAGCGAGUGGAGAAAUUUAUCUAUGAAAACCACCCUGAUGUCUUCUCUGACAGUUCAAUGGAUCAUUUCCAGAAGUUCCUUCCCACAGUGGGAGGACAGCUGGGCACAGCUGGUCAGGGACUCUCCUAUGGCAAGGGCAGUGGCACAGGCCAGGCAGGGGGAAGUGGCUCUGCCAGGCAGUAUGGCUCUCACCAGCAGCACCAUCAGGGCUCUGGGUCUGGAUCUGGGGGUACAGGUGGUCCUGGGGGCCAGACUGGCAGAGGAGGAGCUACUGGCACAGCAGAGAUUGGAGAGACAGGAACAGGAGACCAGGUAGGUGGAGAAGGAAAACAUAUCACUGUGUUCAAGACCUAUAUUUCCCCAUGGGAGCGAGCCAUGGGGAUUGAUCCCCAACAAAAAGUGGAACUUGGCAUUGACCUGCUGGCCUAUGGAGCUAAAGCUGAACUCCCCCAAUACAAGUCCUUCAACAGGACGGCAAUGCCUUAUGGUGGAUAUGAGAAGGCCUCCAAACGCAUGACUUUCCAGAUGCCCAAGUUUGACCUGGGGCCCCUGCUGAGUGAACCUCUGGUCCUCUACAAACAGAGUCUUUUCAAUAGGCCUUCUUUCAAUCGAACCCCUAUUCCCUGGCUGAGUUCUGGGGAGCCUGUAGACUACAAUGUAGAUAUUGGCAUCCCCUUGGAUGGAGAAACAGAGGAGCUGUAAGGUGUUUCCUACUCUACUUUGCACAAAGUGUCCCCUCUCUGGAUCCAAUUUGGAGAGGAAAUGCUCAGCAGGAUGUCCCCACUGUAAAUCUAGUAUCCUUGCAGGAAUGGAGGGAAAAAUGAGGGAGAGAUCUGCCUUUCCAUCCUUCAUUCCAAGUGCCCACUCCAAUCAUCCUUCCUCACCAACUCAGAGCUCCCCUACAUCUGCUCUGUAUGGAGUCUGCUCUUUUACGGAAUUUGCUCUGCUACUGGUAACAGUCAAUAAACUUCCAAGGAAAUGAA